UACAAAAAAAAAAAAAACAACCUUAACAUUUGACCCUGAACUAAGAGUAGGCUACUCUAAAACACAUUUCUUCACUAAAGAACAUAGAAUCGAGAAUCUACAUCAUUUGAUUUCCUUAUUUUCUAGCCAUCAAAGAAUCAGGAAACAACAUUUCAAAGAAGGUUAAUCAAAAUCUAAAUUCAGACCUAAUUAUUCCUUUUUUAAAAGUAAGUGCGAACUUCUGUAUUUUGUUUGAAGCCUGCAACCCAUCUGAAGCAUGGAUUCCUCAAAUGAACAACCGAUACCUUUGGAAAGAAAAAACAGUUCAGCUUCCUACAUGUACAAGAGGUCUCCUAACAAAAGGAUAUUUGUAAACAGAAGUUUGAUGCUAGAGAGAAUUAAUUUCUUUGGAUUUGAUAUGGACUACACACUAGCUAUGUACAAGUCGCCUGAGUAUGAAACUAUGGGAUUCGAACAUUUGAAAUCCCAACUUGUCAAGAUGGGCUACCCAAAAGUCAUCCAAGACUUUAUGUACGACCCAAGUUUCCCAAUCAGAGGUCUGUGGUUUGACAACCUAUACGGCACCCUGCUCAAGGUCGACGGGUUUGGCAACAUCAUGGUCUGUCUAAAGGGCUUCAAGUUCUUGAAAUU